AUGGCUCUACCUCUGAUAAAACCUAAGGAGUCUGAGGAAAGCCACCUCGCUCUUUUGUCCAAGAUCCACGUGUCCAAAAAUUGGAAACUGCCUCCAAGGUUGCCCCAUAGAGCAGCUCAGCGGAGGAAAAGAGUUCAUCGACUUCACGAAGAUUACGAAACUGAAGAAAAUGAUGAGGAGCUACAGAAGAAAAAACGGCAGAAUAGAGACGCCCAAAGGGCCUACAGAGAACGCAAAAACAACAAGUUGCAAGUGCUGGAGGAAACCAUAGAGUCACUGAGUAAGGUCGUUAAAAACUACGAAACGAAACUAAACCGCCUCCAAAAUGAACUUCAAGCGAAAGAAUCGGAAAAUCAUGCCCUUAAACAGAAAUUGGAGACCCUUACUCUGAAACAAGCCUCUGUGCCUGCUCAGGACCCUAUCCUGCAGAAUUUGAUCGAGAAUUUCAAACCAAUGAAGGCGAUACCUAUUAAGUACAAUACCGCUAUCAAGCGCCACCAGCACUCGACAGAACUGCCUAGCUCUGUCAAAUGCGGCUUUUGUAACGACAACACUACUUGCGUUUGUAAAGAACUGGAAACAGAUCACCGUAAAAGUGACGACGGUGUGGCCACAGAACAGAAGGAUAUGUCGAUGCCACAUGCAGAGUGCAAUAAUAAAGAUAACCCCAAUGGGCUCUGUAGUAAUUGUACUAAUAUCGACAAAUCAUGUAUCGACAUCCGGUCCAUCAUCCACUGA